AUGCCAAGCGCUGAUACGGACGCUCGCCCCGCCAAGCGCACGCGCACUGACGCGCCACACCGCCUGGGCGAGCGCGAUGUGGGCCUGCUCGAGUAUAUCCACGCCGACUGGCGGCCGCUGCACGCGAUCCUCAAGCAGCGCUACACCGACUUUCUCGUGCACGAAAUUGACCUAGGAGGCCACGUCACACGCAUCACCUCCCUCGCGCCACCGACCGACCUGUUCGUCCCUGCUGAAGCGGCCCCGGGGCAGUGGGAGGACCUCGCUCCGUACUUUGAUGCCGUCGACGCACUCAAGGCGCUCGCAGCCGAUGCGGACGCGGCCCCUGUCGACUCGCGCGCGCUGCCCGACAAGGCAGACCGCACGCGCGUGCACCAGCUGAUCCGCGAGCUCGCCGGCGCCACGCUCCAGUCAGAGGCGGCAACGCUUGGCGAUGGCACGCCCGCGAUCCGCGUCGCGCGCCGCUCCGCGGACGCCCGCGCCCGUCCCCGCGACGACCCGCGCUCCGAGGCGGUGGCGGCCCCGCCGUACAUUCACUUUACGCUCCAGAAGACGAAUCGCGACAGCCAGGAAGCACUCCAGUGGCUCGCGCGCUUCCUCAAGCUCGACAGCCGCGGGCGUGCGAGUGCGGCGAACCAGCUCAGCGUCGCUGGCACCAAGGACAAGCGCGCUGUAACGGUGCAGCGCGUCGCGCUGCAGCGCGGGCGGCGCACGGCGAUGGACGUGUGGAACAUGAUCAACCACAUUGGCCAGCCCGUCUCGAGCGCGCCUGGCGAGACAAGACGGCGCACACGCGAGCUUGCGCUCACGACGCGCGCAGAGCGGGGCCUGCGCAUCGCGCACCUGGCGUAUGCGUCGGCGCCGCUGCAGCUGGGCGACCUGAAGGGCAACCAGUUCACCAUUACGCUGCGCGACGUGCGCUGGGCAGACGAGAGCGCCGCGGACGUGCCCUCGCUCACUGCUGCGCUCACGCAGCAGGUGGCGCAAAUGGAGGAGCAUGGCUUCCUCAACUACUUUGGCAUGCAGCGCUUCGGCACGGGGCAGGUAUCGACGCACGCCGUCGGCCUCGCGGUGCUUCGCGGCGACUAUGCGGAGGCCGUGCGGCUCGUGCUGCAGGCGCCGGCGGACGAAGCGCCGGCGGACGAGGGUGCGCCGCCGGCUGUAGCCGCGGUGCGUGCGGCGCAGGCCGCCGUCGCUGCGCGCGACUACCGCGAGGCAUACCGGCUGUACCCCAAGACGUGUGUGGCGGAGCGCGCCGUGCUGGAGAAGAUGUGCUCGCCGCACUGGUCGCCGAACGAUGCGCUCGGCGCGUUCCAGCAUAUCCCGCGGUCGCUGCGGCUCAUGUAUGUGCAUGCGUACCAAUCGUACCUAUGGAACCGGCUUGUGUCGGAGCGCGUGCGGCGGCACGGCGCGCGCGCGCCCGUGGCCGGCGACAUGAUCGAGAAAGACGGCACGCACCGUGUGCUGACGGCCGAGGACGCAGCGCACGCCUCGAUCGAGCAGGUUGUGAUGCCGAUGCCCGGCGCCGAGGUGCACCUGCCCGAGGGAUGGCUCGCGGAUCUGUACACGGCUAUGCUGCAAGCCGACGGCCUCACGCCGCUCUCGCUCGCGUCGUCGCGGCAGCCCGAGUACCGCCUGAAAGGCGCGUUCCGGCGCAUGGUCCAGAAACCGGCAGGGAUGACAUGCUCGUUCCUGCGGUACGACGAUCCCGAUGCGCCGCUAUGCGCCACGGACGAGGAUGCGCUGCUGCACUCCGAGGCGCUACCGGCGGCGUCGGACGCGGCGCCGUACCUGGCGCUGCAGCUCGUGUUCCAACUGCCGCCGUCGUCGUAUGCCACGGUGCUACUGCGCGAGCUGCUGCGCACCGACACGAGUGCGCACGCGCACAAGGCCCUGACGAAGCAGGCACAGGAUGCGCGCGCAGCGGCUUAG